CCCUGGGCAGUGGGAAGCCGCCGCCGAGCAGCCAGCCUCCUGGAAAGAGCUCGCCUCUGUCCCCAGAGCCGCCAGCCGAGGCCAGCUUGGCGGCGCUGCCCCGGCGGCAGGAGAGGGAGGCUGCAGGAGAGGAGGCGGCGAGCGAGCGCGGCAGCUGGCCAGCCUGCGGCGCAGCCCGGGAGCCACGCGAGCUCUGCGCCCGCACGCACGACCCGCGGCUCGCGCCUCUCCUCGCCUCGGGGCGCCCGGCCAGGGCUGCAGCGGCCGCCGAGGAGCAGCAUGAAUCUGCGGCGCUGCGUGCAGGCGCUCCUGCUGCUCUGGCUCUCUCUGACCGCGGCGUGUGGAGGGCCACUGCUGCAGCCUUCUGACGGCAAGGGGCUGGAGGAAGGCAAUAUCCGCCACCUGGUGCAGCCCAGAGGCUCGAGAAACGGACUGGGGCCCUGGCAGGGCGGUCGGAAGAAAUUUCGCCGUCAGCGGCCACGCCUCUCCCAUAAGGGCCCCAUGCCUUUCUGAAGCAGGAUGGAAGGGGCCCCCCGAGUCGCCGCCUCCUGCAACUCUGGCUACUCCAUAGAUUGGUCUGCUUCUCUGGAGCCCUCACUUCCACUCGCCUCUCUUGUCGCACCUGUCCUUGCUGCUGAUGGUCCUAGCUCUUCUCACCCACCGGCUUCCCCAAAGGCACAGUCCUGCCUCAGCGAUGAUUCCCUUUGUCUCCCACGGAUCCGUUCAGCCCCUCUUCCUGGCCCUUCACUGGACUGACUUUGGAGACCAGGCUUCCCCUUUCUCUGGUCCCCGCCUCGCUCCCAUCCUGCAGCCCAAGCUCCGCCCAUAACCCUUCCUGCCUCCUGUGUGCCUGGGAAGGGGGGGUGGUGCUGCGGGUGGUGGGAGGCCACUGCCUUCUUCAAUGGGCUCCUGCCAGUCCCAGGCUUUGGAGUCCCAUUGGCCCUUCACCCAGCACGGAGGUGCCGGUUGGAAGAGCUGAGGCAUUGCGACGCAGACGGGGUGCUUAGGGGGACAUUGCAAUGGGGCUCGGUCCUCUGGCAAAAGGGAGAGGGGAAAAGCUUUGGGGAGGAGGAAGACUAGCUGCUGUGGCCAUUUCCCCAGGCCAUGUUUGGCUUAAGGAAGAAACAAAGGAGAGGGGCUGUGAAGUACCUUGUCACCUCUGUCACCUUUCUUUGUCUCCUAACACUGCCCCCCACCCCACCUUCCAACUCCCUCCUUCCCUUGCCCGCUAGUUCAAGCUCUCUUGCUUAGGAGCUAAAGCCAAGCAGGGGUGUUUUUUGCCAAGAAUCACAGAAUGUCAGAGCCAAAAGGAACCUUGGCGAUCACUUUGCUCAGACCCCUUAUGCAAACUCCUGCGAAAGCAGGCCUGGAAAGGGUCGGUGAUCUAUUCAGGGUCACAGCUGAGCCAGAAUGAGGACCCAGGUCUCCCUGCUCCCACUUGAUGAUGUCCUCUUCCCUCUUGAUGAUAUCUUUUCGCAACACAUUAAGUGCCUUUCUUGGGGUUGGGGCGGGCAGGGCUGAGAAGGAGGGGCAGCCACGAACUGCCCAGUUGUGGGGGGACCCAGCUGCUCCCGCCUCCCUGGCCUGCCCCUGCCUGUCCUUCCCCAACCUGAGUUGCAAAGGUCCGGUCACUGGCCAGCUGCCCCACCUGCUGCACUUCCAGACCCUGGUAUUCUCAUAGGGGCCACUCAGGUACUGAGGCUUUCACUCCAACCCCUACUGACACUGGUUUCUGGGAGCCAGCAGGGAGCCUUAAUUGGCCUUCCCUUUGCAUUGACCGGACCUUCUUUCCCAGUGGCCUUUCCUCCAGGGAGGGGCCAGGGGCAGAAGAACGAAGGAGAGAAGGAAGGAAGGAAGGAAGGAAGGAAGGAAGGAAGGAAGGAAGGAAGGAAGGAAGGAAGGAAAAAAAGAGGGAGGAAGUAUAGGUCUGAGCAGGCUGCCUUCUCAGAGACCUCCCAGGAGGGAGGAAAGGGGAGACAAGAGCCUGAUGGCCAUCUAUGUAUGUGUGGGGACAGGGGGAGUCAGGGCCCUCCGAGUCCCACAAUAACCCCGACGUUGCCUAACUGCCUCUCCCCCUCACCUCUGCUGCUGCUAAUGCUGCUGCUGCUGCUGCUGCUGCUACUGCUGCUGCUUCCAGGCCCACCCUGAGGAGCCAGCUGGGCACCUGCUUCCCCCGCACCCCGUGGUCUGGAUGUGGGGACUGGCCAGGGUCCAGAAAGCCUCUUCUGUCACUGAUGCCCCCACCAGGGACUGGGCCUUCUUUCCCCUCCUCCUCUCUGCGUCUCCUGCCUCAUCAGCUGCCAGGCCCCCUGGGGAGAGGGGGUAAGCUGGUAAA